AUUACAUUAAUAUGUGUUAAUUUCAAUCUUAGCUAAAGUUAACUAAAUUUAUUAAGAACAAACUAUCUUAUCAUCUAAUUAUACUGAAAGUAGCAGACGUCCGAGUUUUUGAUGUCAUCGGAAAAAAAUGAAGGUCAUUUAUAUUUAGGGAAAAUUAGCAAUUGUAAAUAAUUUAAUAAUGGAAAUUUUUUUUAAAUUAAUAAUAAUAUUAGUAAUAAAUUUUGCUGAUGGAAAUAAAGAAGAUAAAAAUUGUUGUGGAAAACAUUUAAACCGUCCAAAGUGUGACAGUUCUAAAAAUGACAACAAAUAUUGUUCGAGUGAAUUUAAUCACUCAGAAGAUUAUGAUAAAGACAUAAGUGACAAUUUAUUAUCAAUAGUACGGCAAAGUGUGCCUAAUGAAAUGGUAAAGAUAAAAACUGGAGUUUAUUUUAUUGGUACCGAUAAGCCGGUGUUUACCCAAGACGGCGAAGGCCCAAUAAGGCCGGUAGAAUUGAACAGUUUUUAUAUCGACAAGUAUGAGGUCAGCAAUAAAAACUUUGAAAUUUUUGUCAACGCUACUGGGUAUAAGACAGAAGCAGAAAAAUUUGGCAAUUCUUUUGUGUUCGACGGGCUGAUUAGUGAAGAAGUUAAGUCGAAAAUUGAGCAAGCUGUCGCUCAGGCGCCUUGGUGGUUGCCUGUUGAUAAAGCAUCUUGGAGACAUCCUGAAGGGCCGGACUCUAAUAUCACUUACAGAAUGGACCAUCCAGUGAUCCAUGUAUCGUGGAACGAUGCUGUUGCGUACUGCACAUGGUUAGGAAAAAGAUUGCCCACUGAAGCAGAAUGGGAAGUCACGUGUAAAGGCGGUCUUGAUGACAGAUUGUAUCCUUGGGGUAAUAAAUUGACACCAAAUAAUAAACAUAGAAUUAACAUAUGGCAAGGUGAAUUUCCAAAUAAAAAUACCGCUGAAGAUGGUUUCAAAGGCACAGCACCGGUAACUGAAUUUCCACCAAACGGAUACGGUGUUUACAAUAUUGCUGGUAAUGUUUGGGAAUGGACAUCCGAUUGGUGGUCUGUAAAACAUACCAAAGAUAAAACUCACAAUCCUACGGGACCAGCAACGGGAAGUGACAAAGUUAAGAAAGGGGGUUCAUAUCUUUGUCACGAAAAUUAUUGCUUUAGGUAUAGAUGCAUGGCUCGUCAUCAAAACACACCAGAUACAUCGGCUGGUAAUCUCGGAUUCAGGUGUGCAAAGGAUGAUGUUUAAUUAUAAUUAAGUAUACUUAUUUCAAAUGGAACGGAUAUUUUUACACAAAUUUAUAAUUUUAAUAAAAUUAUUUUGCAAGCGAAAA